UGUUCACUACCCACAGGAUCACCAUGGGGACAACCAAGGAUACACCGAUAUGGAGGCUGAUAUGCCUGGUACUACUAAUCAGAUCAACACAAACAGUGAGCCCCACCACAAGUGUAACAAUCAUCCCGACUAUGAUCACGACUAUACCCACACUUUCAGGAAUGAAUGCCUCACACAAUGACCAGGUCUGCAGCACAUGGGGUAACUAUCACUUCAAGACCUUCGACGGGGACUUUUUCCAGCUCCCCUCCACCUGCAACCAUGUUGUGACCUCACUGUGUAAGAGCAGUUAUGAGGCUUUCAACAUCCAGAUGAGGCGGCAGGUGGUGGACAACCAGCCCACCAUUAGCAAGAUCACCAUGAAGCUGGAUGGUGUAGUGGUGGAGCUAUCCAAGGGUGUUGUUGUGGUCAAUGGGCAGACGGUGACCCUGCCGGUCAGCUUGUCUGGAGUCAGCAUCAUGAAGACUACUUCCAAUGUGAAGGUCGUAGCCAAACUGGGGCUGGUUGCUGUUUGGAACAAGGAUGAUUCCCUAAUGAUUGAAAUGAACGAUAAGUACAGAAACCAGACCUGCGGACUCUGUGGUGACUUCAAUGAAGUCCAAACAUACAACGAAUUCAUCAUCAAUGGUGGGAAACUCUCCAGCUCUGACUAUGGAAACCUCUGGAAACUGGAUGGUCCUCUGGAAGUCUGUGAGGAGCCUACACUAACUUCUGAUGAGAGUUGUGGAGAUGAGGAAUUUUGUCAGCAGCUGUUCUCCAGUGCAGCUUUCAGUAGCUGCACUAAUUAUUUGGACAAUGACGCCUUCGUCGAGACCUGCCUGGCUGACCUGUGCCACUGUGAUAACAGCACCAACUCCUUCUGCCUGUGCAACACCAUCUCAGAGUACUCCCGUCAGUGUGUUCAUGCAGGGGGGAAGCCCCAGCAAUGGAGGACUGAACAGUUCUGCUAUAAGACAUGCCCUAACAACAUGGAGUACCAGGAGUGUGGAAGCCCCUGUGUUGACACCUGCUCCAACCCAGAGACCAGACAGUUGUGUGAAGACCACUGUACAGGCGGCUGCUUCUGUCCUCUAGGUACUGUUUUUGAUGACGUCAACAACAGUGGCUGUAUUCCAGUGAGUGAAUGCCUCUGUGUCCACAAUAGACAAGUAUACAAAUCUGGAGAAUCUUACACCAGCAACUGUAAAGAAUGCACCUGUGCUGGUGGUCAGUGGGCCUGUACAGACAAGGACUGUCCUGGAACCUGCUCUGUGGAGGGAGGAUCCCACAUCAACACCUAUGAUGGGAAAGCCUACACCUUCCAUGGGGACUGCUCUUACAUUCUGACCAAGCAAUGCAAUGGAACUGAAUUCACCGUGCUGGGAGACAUUGUGAAGUGUGGGUUGACUGACACUGAGACGUGUAUGAGGGCUGUUACCCUUGCCCUCUCCAGCAGAUCCACCGUGAUCCGAGUCCAGUCAUGUGGAAGUGUUUUUGUAAAUCAGAUUCUUUCUCAGCUCCCACUCUAUACAGCUGAAGUGACCAUCUUCAAGCCCUCCUCAUUCUACAUUAUUAUCCAGACAACUCUUGGAGUUCAACUUCAGAUCCAGCUUUCACCAGUUAUGCAGAUCUUCAUAACUGCCAUCUCAUCCUACAAAGGAACAACCUGUGGCCUUUGCGGAAACUACAAUAAUGUUCAGGCAGAUGAUUUCAGAGUCAUCAGUGGAUUGGUGGAGGGCACAGCUGUAGCUUUUGCCAACACAUGGAAGACCAUGUCUAGCUGCCCUGAUGUCAAGACUAGCUUUGAAAACCCCUGCAGUUUGAGCAUUGAAAAUGAGAAAUAUGCCCAGCACUGGUGUUCCAUGUUAUCAGAUCCUAAAGGAGUGUUCUCGCCUUGCCAUUCUGAAAUAAGACCUGACACCUACAAAACCAACUGCAUGUAUGACAGCUGUAACUGUGAGAAAAGUGAGGACUGCAUGUGUGCUGCCGUCUCCUCUUACGUCCACGCUUGUGCUGCCGAGGGUAUCCAGCUCACUGGCUGGAGAGACACUAUCUGCAAUACAUUUGCCACUUGCCCCAGUCAAACAGUUUAUACCUACAACAUGACCAGCUGUGGACGCACCUGCCGCUCCCUGAGCAUGACAGACCAAUCUUGCCAGGUGGAGUUUGUUCCAGUGGACGGAUGUGGCUGUGCAGAGGGCACCUAUAUGGACGAGGCUGGCCAGUGUGUUGCCCCCACCAACUGUCCCUGCUAUGACAAGGGCUCAGUGGUCCCUGCAGGAGAGACUAUCAGCAGAGACGGUGCCACCUGCACUUGCAGACAAGGGACACUGAGUUGCACUGGGGAAGCAAGACUAUUUAUAUGCACCCUACCAAUGGUUUUCUUCAACUGCUCAACUGUACCUCCAGGAGUGUCAGGUUCAGAGUGUCAGAAGAGCUGCAAAACUCUGGACAUGACCUGUAUUAGCACAGAGUGCACAUCAGGUUGUAUGUGCCCCAACGGACUGGUGUCUGAUGGAAACGGAGACUGCAUCAAGGAGGAACUUUGUCCUUGUGCUCACAAUGGAGCUACUUACCAAGCUGGAGAGACCCUUAAGGUUGACUGUAAUACAUGUACUUGCAAGGACAGACAAUGGCAGUGUACCACAAAUCUCUGUGAUGGAGUUUGUGCAAUCUAUGGAGAGGGUCACUAUAUCACUUUUGAUGAGAAAAGGUUCAACUUUAAUGGAAACUGUGAAUACACUCUCAUUCAGGACUACUGUGGCAAUACUAAUGGCAGUGGCAGCUUCAGAGUCCUCACUGAGAACGUUCCUUGUGGAACUAAAGGCACCACCUGCUCCAAGACCAUCAAGCUCUUCCUGGGGACCAGUGAGCUCAUACUGGCAGAUGGGACCGCUCAAGUUGUCAGGAGUACUCCAGAAGAGCAGUUUCCUAAACAGAUCAGCCUUCUGGGGAAUUAUCUGGUCAUUGAAGUCAAAAGUGGUCUAAUCCUCAUGUGGGACAAGAAGACCAGUCUCUUUAUCAAGCUUAGCCCACAAUACCAGGGGCUGGUGUGUGGUCUGUGUGGAAACUAUGAUGGCAACGCAAACAAUGACUUCACCACUAGAGCCCAAGCGACUGUUGUUGAUCCGGUAGAAUUUGGAAACAGCUGGAAAGUUUCAUCAAGCUGUCCAAGUGUAUCCGCUGUAGCGCACCCAUGUGCCUCCAACCCGUACAGAGCGUCUUGGGCCCAGAAACAGUGCAGCAUCAUUAACAGUGAUGUUUUCACAGCCUGCCAGAACCAGGUGGACCCCUCUCCUUACUACGAUGCUUGUGUGAGAGACUCAUGUGCUUGUGAUAGUGGUGGAGACUGCGAAUGCUUCUGUACAGCAGUGGCAGCUUAUGCAAAGGCCUGUAAUGAAGCUGGAGCAUGCGUAGCCUGGAGGACCCCUCGAAUUUGCCCACUGUUCUGUGAUUACUACAACCCUACUGGAGAAUGUGAGUGGCACUACAAGGCAUGUGGAGCUCAGUGUAUGAAGACCUGCAGAAACCCUUCCGGAGACUGUUCUAGUUUAAUUCCAGCAUUGGAAGGCUGCUAUCCUAACUGUCCUGCGGCACAACCUUACUUCAAUGAGGAGACAAUGAAGUGUGUGGAGAGGGAACAAUGUGGCUGUUAUGACUAUGAAGGAAACCAGUACACCAAUGGACAGAAUCUUCCGGCACAAAAUUGUGAAACAUGCACCUGCACAAUGACUGGAGUGAGCUGUAGUUAUGAUGUAAAUGAUUGUACAUGCUUGCAUAAUGGUAAACAACACCCAUAUGGAGAAACCCUCUACAACACAACAGAUGGGAUUGGUAACUGCAUUGUUGCUGUUUGUGCCGCGAACGGAACCAUUACCAGGAACAUUUCUCCUUGUCAAGUGACCACAACUCCAGUACCAACCACAACUUCCCCUCUGACCACAACAACUGUCCAUGCAACUACAACACAGACCUCUACAACAACACUAAAGCCCACAACUGUCUUCCACUUCUCAACACCUGAACCAACAUCUACUUGGUCAUCCACAACAAUGGAGACAACACCAGAAAUCACUAUUGGCACCAUAACUUCAUCAUUAAAUCCUUCAACUACAACAUCUGGAGCAAGUACAGUCACAAUUCCCAACCCGACAACUGUAACUACAACAACUACGGUACCCUCGACCACAGCUACGUCGACCACAGCUGAAACUUCAACUAUGGAAGAAACCACAACAAAGACCAUCAUAUCUACAAAGCCACCUAAAGUAGUCACCACUGGUACCAGAACAACGACAUCACAUGUCACCACCAAACCUUCAGUGACUAAAAUUGAGUCAAUUACAAAAACACUACCUUACUUUACAGGUACAAUGUGGCCUUUAACAACAACAACACAGCCCUCAACAACAACAGAAUCAGUCAUCACAGGUGGAAUAUUGACAACAGAGCCUACCUCCCAGAUUACCAAUACAACUACAUCUGGGAUAUUCACACACAACACAGUAUCAUCAUCUUCAACUGUAAAUGUUGAAGCCUCUACCUCAACAUCCCAGCCAUCAACUUCAACUUACACCACAAAGGCACCCACAACAAAUGCAGAGGUAACUACAUAUACUACUACUGAAAGAUCUACACAGCCGCCUAAAAUUGUCACCGCCGGCCCAACAACCACUUACACCACUGUAAUUGUUGAAACCUCUACCUCAACAUCACAGCCCACAACAACAAGUGAAGAAACAACAGGGCCAGUUGUCAUAACUUCCAAUCCCACUACUUUAACAACAACAACAAUUGCACCCACAACAACGACACCUACUACAGGUGGAACGACAACAGGUGAAGAAACCACAAAUGAGACAAGUCCAUCUACAAAACCACCUAAAGAAGUCCCCACGGGCCCAACAACCACUUCCACCACUGUAAUUGUUGAAACCUCUACUUCAACAUCACAGCCCGCAACAACAGGUGAAGAAACAACAGGGCCAGUUGUCAUAACUUCCAAUCCCACUACUUUAACAACAACAACAAUUGCACCCACAACAACAACACCUACUACAGGUGGAACGACAACAGUUGAAGAAACCACAAAUGAGACAAGUCCAUCUACAUCCACAAAGCCACCUAAAGAAGUCCCAACGGGCCCAACAACCACUUCCACCACUGUAAUUGCUGAAACCUCUACUUCAACAUCACAGUCCACAACAACAGGUGAAGAAACAACAGGGCCAGUUGUCAUUACAUCCAAUCCCACUACUGUAACAACAACAACAAUUGCACCCACAACAACGACACCUACCACAGGUGGAACGACAACAGUUGAAGAAACCACAAAUGAGACAAGUCCAUCUACAAAGCCACCUAAAGUAGUCACCACUGGUACCAGAACAACGACAUCACAUGUCACCACCAAACCUUCAGUGACUAAAAUUGAGUCAAUUACAAAAACACUACCUUACUUUACAGGUACAAUGUGGCCUUUAACAACAACAACACAGCCCUCAACAACAACAGAAUCAGUCAUCACAGGUGGAAUAUUAACAACAGAGCCUACCUCCCAGAUUACCAAUACAACUACAUCUGGGAUAUUCACACACAACACAGUAUCAUCAUCUACAACUGUAAAUGUUGAAGCCUCUACCUCAACAUCCCAGCCAUCAACUUCAACUUACACCACAAAGGCACCCACAACAAAUGCAGAGGUAACUACAUAUACUACUACUGAAAGAUCUACACAGCCACCUAAAAUUGUCACCGCCGGCCCAACAACCACUUACACCACUGUAAUUGUUGAAACCUCUACCUCAACAUCACAGCCCACAACAACAAGUGAAGAAACAACAGGGCCAGUUGUCAUAACUUCCAAUCCCACUACUUUAACAACAACAACAAUUGCACCCACAACAACGACACCUACUACAGGUGGAACGACAACAGUUGAAGAAACCACAAAUGAGACAAGUCCAUCUACAUCCACAAAGCCACCUAAAGAAGUCCCAACGGGCCCAACAACCACUUCCACCACUGUAAUUGCUGAAACCUCUACUUCAACAUCACAGUCCACAACAACAGGUGAAGAAACAACAGGGCCAGUUGUCAUAACUUCCAAUCCCACUACUGUAACAACAACAACAAUUGCACCCACAGCAACGACACCUACUACAGGUGGAACGACAACAGUUGAAGAAACCACAAAUGAGACAAGUCCAUCUACAUCCACAAAGCCACCUAAAGAAGUCACAACGGGCCCAACAACCACUUCCACCACUGUAAUUGCUGAAACCUCUACUUCAACAUCACAGCCCACAACAACAGGUGAAGAGACAACAGGGCCAGUUGUCAUUACAUCCAAUCCUACUACUUUAACAACAACAACAAUUGCACCCACAGCAACGACACCUACUACACGUGGAACGACAACAGGUGAAGAAACCACAAAUGAGACAAGUCCAUCUACAAAACCACCUAAAGAAGUCCCAACGGGCCCAACAACCACUUCCACCACUGUAAUUGUUGAAACCUCUACUUCAACAUCACAGCCCGCAACAACAGGUGAAGAAACAACAGGGCCAGUUGUCAUUACAUCCAAUCCCACUACUGUAACAACAACAACAAUUGCACCCACAGCAACGACACCUACUACAGGUGGAACGACAGCAGGUGAAGAAACCACAAAUGAGACAAGUCCAUCUACAAAACCACCUAAAGAAGUCCCCACGGGCCCAACAACCACUUCCACCACUGUAAUUGUUGAAACCUCUACUUCAACAUCACAGUCCACAACAACAGGUGAAGAAACAACAGGGCCAGUUGUCAUAACUUCCAAUCCCACUACUUUAACAACAACAACAAUUGCACCCACAACAACGACACCUACUACAGGUGGAACGACAACAGUUGAAGAAACCACAACCGAGACAAGUCCAUCUACAUCCACAAAGCCACCUAAAGAAGUCCCAACGGGCCCAACAACCACUUCCACCACUGUAAUUGCUGAAACCUCUACUUCAACAUCACAGCCCACAACAACAGGUGAAGAAACAACAGGGCCAGUUGUCAUUACAUCCAAUCCCACUACUUUAACAACAACAAUUGCACCCACAGCAACAACACCUACUACAGGUGGAACGACAACAGGUGAAGAAACAACAGGGCCAGUUGUCAUUACAUCCAAUCCUACUACUUUAACAACAACGACACCUACCACAGGUGGAACGACAACAGUUGAAGAAACCACAACCGAGACAAGUCCAUCUACAUCCACAAAGCCACCUAAAGAAGUCCCAACGGGCCCAACAACCACUUCCACCACUGUAAUUGCUGAAACCUCUACUUCAACAUCACAGUCCACAACAACAGGUGAAGAAACAACAGGGCCAGUUGUCAUUACAUCCAAUCCCACUACUGUAACAACAACAACAAUUGCACCCACAACAACGACACCUACUACAGGUGGAACGACAACAGUUGAAGAAACCACAAAUGAGACAAGUCCAUCUACAUCCACAAAGCCACCUAAAGAAGUCCCAACGGGCCCAACAACCACUUCCACCACUGUAAUUGCUGAAACCUCUACUUCAACAUCACAGUCCACAACAACAGGUGAAGAAACAACAGGGCCAGUUGUCAUUACAUCCAAUCCCACUACUGUAACAACAACAACAAUUGCACCCACAGCAACGACACCUACUACAGGUGGAACGACAACAGUUGAAGAAACCACAACCGAGACAAGUCCAUCUACAUCCACAAAGCCACCUAAAGAAGUCCCAACGGGCCCAACAACCACUUCCACCACUGUAAUUGCUGAAACCUCUACUUCAACAUCACAGCCCACAACAACAGGUGAAGAAACAACAGGGCCAGUUGUCAUUACAUCCAAUCCCACUACUUUAACAACAACAACAAUUGCACCCACAGCAACAACACCUACUACAGGUGGAACGACAACAGGUGAAGAAACCACAAAUGAGACAAGUCCAUCUACAAAACCACCUAAAGAAGUCCCCACGGGCCCAACAACCACUUCCACCACUGUAAUUGUUGAAACCUCUACUUCAACAUCACAGCCCGCAACAACAGGUGAAGAAACAACAGGGCCAGUUGUCAUAACUUCCAAUCCCACUACUUUAACAACAACAACAAUUGCACCCACAACAACAACACCUACUACAGGUGGAACGACAACAGUUGAAGAAACCACAAAUGAGACAAGUCCAUCUACAUCCACAAAGCCACCUAAAGAAGUCCCCACGGGCCCAACAACCACUUACACCACUGUAAUUGUUGAAACCUCUACUUCAACAUCACAGCCCACAGCAACAGGUGAAGAAACAACAGGGCCAGUUGUCAUUACAUCCAAUCCCACUACUUUAACAACAACGAUUGCACCCACAACAACGACGCCUACUACAGGUGGAACGACAACAGUUGAAGAAACCACAAAUGAGACAAGUCCAUCUACAUCCACAACACCACCUAAAGAAGUCCCAACGGGCCCAACAACCACUUCCACCACUGUAAUUGCUGAAACCUCUACUUCAACAUCACAGUCCACAACAACAGGUGAAGAAACAACAGGGCCAGUUGUCAUAACUUCCAAUCCCACUACUUUAACAACAACAACAAUUGCACCCACAACAACGACACCUACCACAGGUGGAACGACAACAGUUGAAGAAACCACAAAUGAGACAAGUCCAUCUACAAAACCACCUAAAGAAGUCCCAACGGGCCCAACAAUCACUUCCACCACUGUAAUUGCUGAAACCUCUACUUCAACAUCACAGUCCACAACAACAGGUGAAGAAACAACAGGGCCAGUUGUCAUUACAUCCAAUCCCACUACUUUAACAACAACAACAAUUGCACCCACAACAACGACACCUACUACAGGUGGAACGACAACAGUUGAAGAAACCACAACCGAGACAAUUUCAACUUCAUCUACAAAACCACCUAAAGAAGUCACCUCCGGCCCAACCACUUCCAGCACUGUAAUUGUUAAAACCUCUACUUCAACAUCACAGCCCACAACAACAGGUGAAGAAACAUCAGGGCCAGUUGUCAUAACUUCCAAUCCCACUACUUUAACAACAACAACAGAGGUAACGACACCUACCACAGGUGGAACGACAACAGUUGAAGAAACCACAACUGAGACAAUUCCAUCUACAUCCACAAAACCACCUAAAGAAGCCACCACAGGCCCAAUUACAUAUUCCACAACUGCUGAAGUUGUAACUUUGACAUCACAGCCUUCAACAACAAGUACAGAAACAACAGAGCCAGUUGUCAUCACAGGCCCAUUAGAAACAACAAGAAAUCCUUCAACAUCGCCACAAGUGAUUAUUACACCAACAUCACAAGUAGUCACCACCAGCCAGUGUAUGUGCAUUGUUAAUGGGACACAAUAUCUACCAGGGAACCUAGUGUAUAAUGUGACUGAUGGUUCAGGGUGGUGCUUCACCGCUUACUGCAAAGCAACGUGUCAAGUUGAAGUGGAAUCAAAUCCAUGUCCUUCCUCUACACCACCCACUGUUUCACCCACAACGUCAGAAGAGACAACGACCACACCACCAACAACUCAAUCCUCCCCAGACUGCACUAGCAUUCAGCCACCAAGAAAGAAUGGAGAGUCUUGGCAGCUGAAUCGCUGUACCACAGCAAUUUGCCAGGACGGCAUUGUUGUCCAGCUACCAGUAAAAUGCAAGCCAGUGGAGCCACUACAGUGUGAGAAUGGUCGUCCACCUGUGAAGGUCUAUGAUUCAACUGGAUGCUGCUUUACAUAUGAAUGUGAAUGUGUAUGCAGUGGAUGGGGUGGAUCUCACUACAUGACAUUUGAUGGAGUAUAUUACAAUUUCCAGGAGAACUGCUCAUACACCUUAGUGAAAGAAAUCAACUUCAAAUACAACCUUACCAUUAUUGUUGAUAAUCACUACUGUGGAAAUGCCGACAGUGGAUUCUGUCCUCAGUCCCUUAUCAUUCACUACAAUUCCUAUGAAGUGAUUCUUACCCAGCAGAGAUCUGGUGAAACAACAGAAAAUGUGGUAUAUGUCAACAGUAAACGAAUCUACCCAGCUUACAGAAUGGGUGACAUUGCUCUAACAAGUACUGGUGUGGAGGUCGUGCUGGAGAUCCCUGAUCUUAAGGUUCAGGUGUCUUACAAGGGGUCAUCAUUUAGCAUCAACCUUCCUUACUCCCUCUUCCAAAGCAGCACAGAGGGCCAGUGUGGUACCUGUGAUAAUUCCCAGAAGAAUGACUGCCAGUCACCUAAUGGUCAGAUACAGAGCUGCUCAGUCGCAGCUAGCCAGUGGCUAAUUCCAAACCAGGACUGUCCAACUCCUCCAACAGCACCACCCCCAAGCACAUCCCCUACCCCCUGCAAGACAGCCGUUUGUGAAAUCAUGAACAGCAAGGUCUUUGAGGAAUGCCAUAAAGCGGUUUCUCCUGAUGCCUUCGUUCAGGCCUGUAGAUCAGAUGUCUGCUACAAUGCUAAUUCUAGCUGCUCUAGUCUGGAGGCAUAUGCAUCUGAAUGUGCAAAUAAAGGGAUCUGCAUUGAAUGGAGGAAGUUCACCCAUGGAGAAUGUGAGCAUACAUGCCCAGCCACGAAGGUGUACAUGCCAUGUGGUCCAGCAGUUGAACCAACAUGUAAUACCAGAUAUAAUGAGAAGUAUUUGAACAACCAAACCCAAAUGAUCAAUAAGACGAAGGAGGGUUGCUUCUGUCCAUCUAAAACCGUCUUGUUCAGCACCUACUCUGAUACUUGUGUGGUCUCCUGUGGCUGCACCGGACCUGAUGGCAACCCCCAAAUGCCUGGUGAUACAUGGGAGAGUGGUUGCCAGCAGUGCACCUGUGACAUGGACUCUGUGAUUGUCCAGUGCCAGCCUAUCACCUGCCCCACACCAGCCACACCCAUCUGCAAUGAGACUGGUUACAGACUGGUGAACAAGACAGAAGGCUGCUGCCAGAAAUAUACAUGUGAGUGUGAUGCACUGCUUUGCCCCAAAGUCAUGAUGGACUGCCAGCCAGGGUGGGAGGCAAUUAUAAGCACAUCCAACUCAAGCUGUUGUCCAGAGUAUACCUGUGUUCCUAAGGGUGUAUGUGUCUACAAUAACAUUGAGUACCAGCCUGGUGCUGAAGUUCCUAAAGGAACAUGUGAGAAUUGUAUCUGCAGCUCGACCAUGGAUCCUAGCACCAAGCUCAACAACAUUGUGUGCACAAAUAUCUCCUGCGACACUACAUGUUCACAGGGCUUCCAGUAUCAGGCCAUACCUGGUCAGUGUUGUGGGAAAUGUGUACAGACAAGCUGUGUGGUUAAUAUGCCAGAUAAGACCAAACACACUAUGCAGGUGAACGAAACAUGGUCACCACCUGGUGACAAAUGUGUGAUGUACACGUGUGACAAAAGUGAUGACCAAUAUAUACCAGUAGAGGUGAAGACUGUGUGCCCUGAUUUCAGCCCAGAGAUCUGUGUCCCAGGCACAGAAAAGACAGAUGCAAAUGGAUGCUGCAAGACUUGCACAGAACGCAGGAAUGUCUGUGAGAUGAAGUACACCACCACUAGCAUUGUCAUCAGUGGCUGUGUGACCGCUGAGCCUGUGGAGAUCAAUUCCUGCUCAGGAAACUGUGGAACCUCUUCCAUGUACUCAGCAGAGGCGAACACCAUGAUGCACUACUGCUCCUGCUGCCAAGAGGCGACCACUAGCCAGAAAGAGGUGGAGCUGCUCUGCCCUGAUGGGUCAAAGGUCAAGCACUCCUACAUCCACGUGGAGUCGUGCGGAUGUCAUGUCACAGACUGUGAUGCAAAAACGACCGCCGCCCCGGGGACGACGAGAAAGCGCAGAAGGAGGCGCUAAACGUCUAGGGAGACAACAUGCACACUGAUAUAGGAAUUAUCCUCAUAACAUUGAAUGUUUUACUCCAAAUUUAUUUUCUUGUAACAUUUUACUUAAAUCUGUCAUGUCAGUGUAUUUCCACAAUCGGCAACACUUACUAUUAUGUUCUUAUACUUUCAUUGUAGAAUGAAUGUAUUUUCUAUGAUAAAUGUAGUGGGUAAUCUCUUUUCUCAUUUGUAGUGAGUAAUAAACAACAGCAACAUCAUGUGCUUCUGCAUGUUGCUUUGCUCUUUCA